AUGGAAACUCAAACAAUGAUGACAACUAACAGAAGAAGAAUGGUGCUCAAACCAUUAUCUCCAGUAACUUUACAAUGCAAAGAAAAAAUGUCCAACAGCGAAAACAAUGGUAGUGUUCGAGUAAGUUAAUAGGUACUUAAUUGUAUAUUAGUUGAUAGAUUCUUACUUUGAUAUCUAAUAUUUUGUAUCCAUUUGUAUUCUAACAAAUUAUUUUACUUAUAUUCUUUACACAUUCUGUAAUCUAUUAAAUCCCUUGUCAUGAUUACUCUUGAUAACUACAUCAGUUUAAUAAUUUGAUCUCUUUAAAACUAGAUUAUUUUUGUUCUAUUUUUCAAUACCAGGUGAUCUAUUUAAGUGAGUAUACUCAUUAUCUUGGAAAGUAUUUUUUUACAUUUUUUUUUAGUAACUUUUUCUGGAAUUUGUUUUCUAGAAUAUUUAAGAACCAAGCAGAUCUACAAUUUUAUUUUUUUGUUAUAUUUGAGGGUAAAAUCAUUACCUAAUUUUGAUUUUUAAAUGGCAACCUGUAUUAAAAAGUUAAUAUAUAAAUGGAGUGUUAGUUAAAAUACAUUUUAGUAAUAUAAUAAUAAAGUAAAAACAAAAUUAUUAAAAUGGUUAAUACUAGUAAAUAAAUAAAGUAAAUAAAUAUAUAAAUAAAAAAUGUAUAUAUAAACUAAAAUAAAUAAAUGAAUCAAUGCAUCGCCUGGAGUAUUAUGAUAAGUGUAUUUAGUGUACAUAAGUUUUGAAUUAAAAAUUUAUCAUCAAGUAUAUCAUAAUUAAAAUGCAAAACAGAAUAUAAAAAAUUGAAUGAAUACAUAGAAAAAAUUAUACAAAUUGGUCGUUUUACAUAGAAUAUAGAAUUUUUAUUUCUAUAUCUGUUUACUAAAUUUUAGUGUUAGCAUUUUUAAUUUCUGUCAACCAUUAAAGAGAAAUUCCACUUUAAAAUUUGAGUUGGAGGAGAGUAGUGGAGUACCAUUUGUAUGGCGGUACAGCGCAGAAUAUUUUAAAAAUAUACUACUAUUCUCCUCUAAUCCAAACUUAAAAGUGGAAUAUCUCAUCAACGGAUUGACAGAAAUAAAAAUUUCAACAUUAAAAUUUUUUUUAACUAAUACCCUAUCUAUUUAUGGAUGUUUUAAUUUAGGUUGCUAUUUUAAAAUCAAAAGUAGGUAAUGGUUUUACCUCCAAAAUAAGGGUGAUAAAAAAUAACUUAAAUAUAAAAUUGUAGAGUUGCUUGUUUCUUAAAUGUUCUAGAAAACAAAUUCUGAAAAAAAAUGUUAAUAAUUUCCUAGAUAAUGAGUGUACUCACUUAAAUGGAUCAGCUAGUAUUUGUACACUAUACAGUGUGUGGCAUAAAGAUAUGUCAUCUAAAAUAACUUAUUUUGUUCAAUAUUUUUAAGUUUUACAAAGUAAGUAGUUUUACAAUGAUGUUUUAUUUUUUUGUAUGUUUUUCUUACUAGAAACCUUGCUCUGAUUUUCAAGUUUAGCACCUUUUCUGAAAGGAAAUAUUAUUUGGGUUGUUCCUUAAGGUGGAAAAUUUAAUUUUCCUUGGGGGUUUUCAUAAUAAAUGGGAAAAAAACUAGAAAAAUGGGAACAUUUUAUGAAAUGUAUUAUUUUAAUUUUGAUUUUGUUGUGAUAUUUAAUAAUAUUCGCAGAGACUUGACGAUUGGACAGACCACUUAUUUGCCUUUUAUAGACUUGCAUUAUAAUUUCUUUAUUUUAAAUUGUUUAUAUUUUUCAAGAAAACUCAAAAUAAAAAUUGUUUUUACAAAUUCCAAGAUUGCCAUUUUAUAAAUAAAUGUUAAAAUAAAAUUAUGGUUUUAAAAAUAUUUACUAAUGAAUGAAUAAUUCAUUCAUUCAUUUUCUAAAAAUAAUUUUUAAAGUUUACAAUUAUUUAAAUUUUGGCUAAAAUGUCCACUACUAAAUAAUAUCUAUUAGGUACAGUAGAGUAGUGUCGGGGUGUUUUGGUGUUCAAAUGCCUCCCUCCUUUUUUGAUUAUAUUUAUGCCAAAAAUUAUAAAUUUUACUAUGUGCAAUUAUGCAUUAGAUUUCUACAAGAUGUAUUUUGAUACUUAUAGAUAAUUAUUUAGUAUAUGUUAUGUGUGUUACAUGUGCACAAUAAAGUUACAAAAUUAUAUCUAAACACAAAAUAAAAACAUCCCCCUUAAAAAAAUCCUGGCUAUGCAACUAAUUAGGUAUAAUAAUUAUAUUGAUUCACCAAUUUGUCCAUGAAAAAUAAUUGUAUUAAUGAUUUUUGUAAACUCAAAAAAAAAUUGUAGAAAUUCCAGGAUUCUUCAUUAGUAAAUAUUUGUAACACCACAAUUUUGUUUUAAAUAAUGUUUAUAAAAUGGUUAUCUUGGAUUUGUGAAUAUUAUUUUUGUCAAAAAUAGAAAAUAAAAGAAUAGCAUAUAGUAAUUAUAACAAGAAAAAAAAAACUUAGAAAUAUUGAACAGAACAAAAGUUUUUCAGAUGUGAAAUCUUUGUGUUGCAGCUGGUAUAUAAUGUAUUAAAUUUUUUAUUAUGGUAUGGUGUUAUUUACUUUUGAUACAUAAGUAUUAGAAAAAAUGAGUGUGAUAGUUAUUACAUUUCAUGAAUGUUGAUCAUUUUUUUUUUAUAAUUUUAAACAAUUGUUUUCAGUAAAACAACCAUUUUAACCUAUUAUUGGUAUAUGAGCCCAAUGUUUAUACUAUAACAGUUUUAGUUAGGUUUCUAGCUUAUUUCUUGCUUUAUUUGUAAAAUUAUAAAUACUUUUAAUUUAUAUAAUAUGUAUUAAAAUAAUUAUAAUCAGGUAUAGUUAUACCUAAUCUUUGAAUAUUUUAGGAUAUUUUAUGAUAUGAUUGAAGUCUAUUUAUUGUACUUCAUUAUUUCAUAAUAUUGUGACAUAUUAGCUUAAUUGGUAAACAUAAUUAUUUAGUGAGCACAUCAAUGUGAACACUGACAGUUAAAUUUGAUUUUUAUCAUUUGUAAUAUUCAAUAAAUAGCAUAAUUUAUAGCUAUUUUAAAAACUUGGAUGAUUAAAAUGUAUUUUUCUUUGAGGUUUUAACAUAAUAAUUUAUUAAUAUAAUCAAUACCUAAUCAUUUAAUUAUUUUUAUAAAAAUUAACUUUUUUAUUUGGAUUUUUCUCUCUCAUAUAGAGUCUUCUAUUAUUUUGUUGUGAACAAAGUUACUGUUGAUCUGAGGUAGAUUUUGUAUAAAGUGAUUUGAUUUUUUUGAUAGUAAUUUUGAUCUUAAUAACUUGUUUAUGCUGAAGUAACAUUUAUUAAAAUUUGAUAUUAUUUCAUUUAUUUUUUUUAUGCAUGCUAUUGCUAUUUAUAUCAACACUUAAUUAUAUGAAAUUAUCUGGCUUUUGAAAAAUAAUAUUUUCACUUUCAGGUGGGACUGGCCCAUAUUUCUUCUUAAUAGUAUCAUACAUUUGAUCUUUUCUUCAAUAAUACAAUUACUUAACAAGAUUAAAUUUUCAUUUCUAGAGCCAACCACCACCAACUUUAUUGGUAUCUCCAACUACAGACAAAAAAAAAAUUUUACUUCAAGAAUUUGUACUUCCAGAAGUAUCCACGGUGCAGCGAAAUAAGAAAGUUCUAUUAUCAUACUCUGGUAAUGAAGCUUUAACAGAUAGCGAUGAUUCUGAUUCUGAUGAUUCUACUAUAAAUGAUAGUUCUAUUACAAAUUCACAAAAAAGUAAUAAAACUCUUUAUUACACUAUCUUUGGAUUUUCAUGUUGGGCGGCUGUUCAGUACUGGAUGAUUGCAGUAGCAGGUUUUGGAGCAGUAUUUUUUGCUAUCUCUGCUUUAAUCGCUAUAUGUUUAAAUACAACAAAAACUAAUAAAAAACAUACUGGAUUAAGUGCAUAUUCUGUGUUUAAUCCUCAGUGUACACCUAUACAGGGUUCUGCGGAUCCUAAACAAUUAGAACGGGAAUUAAUUUUUGGUGGUUUAUAA